GUUUUAGAUAGCGAGUCGUUCCCGCGCAUUUCUUGACAUCGCACGUGUCAACAUGAAACUUGUCAUUUUAUUGUCUGUUUUUCUUUUUCUAUCUGUAAUUGCUGCUCCACAGUCUAAAUUGGAAUUUGGAAAUAAUGAUAGCCGACAAGUUCUUGAAGAGGUGGUCGUGGAGUCUGUUCUUCACGUGAAGAGUCCUUCAGGGCGACAAGCAAGAACAAACACGAGAACUAACUUGCAUGAUGGCGCCCGUAUUUCUGAAACAAAACCAAAUUUAAAUUAAUGGACAUAAAGCUUAUGUUUAGCUAAAAUAAAAUUAAUUGUAAAUUAAUUAAAAUAAACAAAUUUUGCGAAAAUUGUUUAAAAUAUAUCAAUAGAAGUUUAUGUAAAAAUAGUUUAUUUUUUUUCAAUU